GUUGUGCACAUUUCUUUCUGUUUACGUACUUUCGUUCUCCCUUCCUAAUUUACUUUGAAAUGAUGUAUACUGCUCGGUCUUUCAUUGGCACCUUCCUAGCCUUGUGUUUGAUUGCCAAGGUUACCGCCUUUGGCGUUAUUCCCCGUACGAACAGCGCCGCUCCGUCCUCGACAACUCGGCUCCACUUUUUUGGUGGUCUUUCGAACGCCUUCAAAAACGACGACGGUUUGGGAAAGCCACAGAAUGCCGGUCUCAAAAAUGGGCCCAAAUACAACGACAACGUCACCGUCAACGGAAAGAAGGUUGAAGGCGCCGUUGCCGGGCAAAAGCUGACGGCGGUCGCCAACAAAGUCCGCGUUAAGAUUCCCGUCAAUUGCCAAAAAGGAGACUGCGGAACGUGUACGGUCAAACUCAAUGGACGUCAAGUCAAAGCAUGUUCGACACCGCUGCCGACAGGAAAGGCAAAGAUUGAAACUUUGUAAAUAACACGCGUAGGACCAUAUUCGCACGGCUCUUUUGUUGAUCGCGUAGUGUAAAGAUAGUC